AUGCCAAGUAAUUCCGCCACGCUCCGCUCUACGCAUAGAUUCUUAUCGAUAAACUCCCCACCAAAAAGCCGAAGAUGGUUGACAAAUCUUCUUUACAAACCCACCAAAUCAACACUUGACAGCCAACAACAAACAAUGAAGCUCACAUGCGACCCAGCCCGGGCCAAAACCCUCAUCUCAGCUUUUCAAUCCGUCUCUGAACGUGUCACCAACGCCGCAGGAACCAGAAAUGUAAGAUUAGUAGCAGUCUCUAAACUCAAGCCAGCAACGGAUAUCCUAGCUCUUCAUGAGCAAGCAAAUGUCGAACAUUUUGGAGAGAACUAUGCACAGGAGUUGAUGGAAAAGGCGGAGAUCCUGCCUAGGAGUAUCAAGUGGCAUUUUAUUGGAGGGUUACAGAGUAAUAAAUGCAAACCUCUCGCCUCCACAGUCUUCAACCUCCACCUCGUUUCCUCCAUCGAUUCUCAAAAGAAGGCCUCCCAAUUAUCCCUCGGACGCUCUCUUCUUCCUAUGCCCGCUGACUCGAACUCAAAGCCCUCCCCCUUGAACAUCCACAUCCAACUCAAUACUUCAGGUGAAUCCUCAAAAUCCGGCGUUUCGCCUGGGAAAGACACUACCGAAUUAUGUAAAUACGUCAUUGAAGAAUGUCCGUAUUUAAAACUAGUGGGACUUAUGACUAUUGGUGCGAUCGCUAGAAGCCAUAUGAAAGAAGGUGAGGAAAAUGAGGAUUUCAGAGUGUUGAGGGAGGAGAGAGAUAGAGUUGAGAAGGAGUUGGGAAUAGAGGGGUUGGAAUUGAGCAUGGGUAUGAGUGAGGAUUUUGAAGAGGCGAUCCGACAAGGAAGCGGAGAAGUCAGAAUCGGCAGUACGAUAUUUGGAGAAAGACCAGCGAAACAAGAUUUCAAGGUCAAGGAGGAAGUUGAAGAAGAGAAAUCUUAG